CUUUCCUUAUUAUCCUCUGAUCAGGACUCAUCAUAUCUGAAAACCGUUUACAUUGUCUUGUUGGGCCUGUAAGACAUCGAAAAAAACAUUCAAUACCGCUGGAUACUGACCAAGCGAAAAGAAAUCUUGUCAUCAAGAUGCCGACGUUCAAUAUCGUUGUAUUCGCAGGAGACUAUGCUGGUCCGGAGGUGACUAAGGAGGCGGUCAAGGUUCUCAAAGUGGUCGAGAAGUGCUCCAAGGAUGUCAAGUUCAAUUUUCAAGAUCAUUUGCUCGGAGGUUGCUCCAUCGACGCCCACGACACACCACUCACCGACGACGCCCUCUCCGCCGCCAAAUCCGCACACGCCGUCCUGCUAGGCGCCAUCGGUGGUCCCAAAUACGGCUUCGGCAAAGUCCGACCUGAGCAAGGCCUGCUACGUCUACGCAAAGAAAUGGGCACCUUCGGCAACUUGAGACCCUGCUUCUUCGCUUCCCCAUCCCUCGCCUCCCGCUCCCCACUCAAGGAAGAGGUUUGCCAAGGCACAGACUUCAUGAUCGUCCGCGAAUUGACGGGCGGAAUCUACUUUGGCGAUCGCGUCGAAGGAAACCCAUCGGACGGUGCUGACGAGUGGGCCGAAGACCGCGAACCGUAUUCCCGGAAGGAAAUCGAGCGCAUCACGAGAUUGGGCGCGUACCUUGCCCUCGCCAAGUCCCCGCCUAGCAAGGUCUGGUCUUUGGACAAAGCCAAUGUCUUGGCCACAAGUCGUCUGUGGCGCCGCGUCUUCACCGAGACGAUGGAGAAGGAAUUCCCGCAAUUGGAAUUCGAGCACCAGCUCAUUGACUCCGCGGCCAUGAUCAUGGUCAAGAACCCGCGUGCGCUGAACGGCGUGAUCGUCACGAGUAAUCUGUUCGGCGAUAUCAUCAGUGACGAAGCGUCUGUUAUCCCGGGUAGUUUGGGUCUCUUGCCCAGCGCGAGUCUGAGUGGUGUGCCGGACGGCAAGGGUCUGUGUAAUGGAAUCUACGAGCCAAUUCAUGGGUCGGCGCCGGAUAUUGCGGGCAAGGGUGUGAUCAAUCCUGUUGCUGCGAUCUUGAGUGUCGCUAUGCUACUGUUGUACAGUCUCAAUAUGCCGAGGGAGAGCGUGCUUGUUGAGCAGGCGGUCAGGAUUGUCAUUGACAAGGGUGUUACCACGAGGGAUAUUGGUGGACAAAAUUCGACGGAGGAGGUCGGUGAUGAGGUUGUCAAGGAAUUGGAAAAGCUCUUCCAAUCGUAAAUAUUCAGAAGGGAUUGGGCAUAACGCAUAAGGAUGGUGUGGCCGUUCUGCGUCGAACGUCGGGGAUCGGAAAAAAGCAAGAUGUCCAGCAAACCAGUCCUCAACAAUGAUGUUUCUCUAUCAGCUUCGUAGCAUUCAUCCUUGUACAGUGUUAAUUUCGCUGAAUCGAACAGUACCCUCUAGUCUGACGUUAA